AUGUCUUUAGCCAAAAUUUAUACCCGAGGCUUGCUCGGGCUACAUGCACCUUUAAUUGAAGUUGAGGUCCAUGUUAGUGCAGGGCUUCCUUCUUUAACAAUUGUUGGCUUAGCUGAAGCAGCAGUUCGUGAAAGUAAGGAUCGCGUUCGAUCUGCCAUCAUUAACAGUGGUUAUCAAUUCCCAAGCAAGCGCUUAACCAUCAAUCUCGCACCUGCGGAUCUGCCCAAAGAUGGCUCUCGUUUAGAUCUGCCCAUUGCACUUGGUAUCUUGAUUGCCACAGGGCAACUUCCCGAAAAUGUCACAGAUCAUUUUGAGUUUAUUGGUGAGUUGGCACUGGAUGGGCACUUAAGGCCCAGCACAGGAACAUUAACCAUUGCGAUGGCAUGUCAAAUGGCCAAGCAUCAAUUGAUGUUGCCACAGGAAAAUGCCGCAGAAGCAGCACAAUUGCCUGAGUUUCAGGUGUUUGCUGCACAGCACUUAAAACAAUACAGCAAGACAAUGCCUACAAAUUUGAUUUGGCAGAUGUCAAAGGACAACUACGCCCACGACGCGCUUUAG